AUGUAUUUUUUAUUCGUUUUAUUUCUACUACCAAUACGAAUCCAUGGAAUUCCAGUUUCAACUAUAUUGGAUACCGACAUUGGUACUGCUUAUGAUGAUCAAGUAGCGUUAACAUAUAUGUUAUCACGGCAAGAUCUAUUUGAUUUAAAACUAAUUAUUUGUUCAACAUCGAAUACAACAGCUCGUGCACAAAUUGUGGCUAAAACAUUGAGUAUUUUUAAACGAUUUGACAUUCCUAUAGCCAUCGGACGCUAUAUAAAUGAUAGCAAUCAUGUUUACGAAUAUAGAUGGGCUGAAGACUAUUCAUUGGAAAAAUUCAACAAUGAUGGCGGAGUAAUACUGUUGGAUGGUGAACAGGCAUUAUUCAAUGAAAUGAAGAAAGCAUCGGCUGAGAAUAUCUAUCAUUAUAUUCAAAUAGGACCGGCAACAUCGUUGGGCCAUGUGCUUCAAAAACAGCCAUCAUUAUCGUUGUACAUAAGAGUAUUUGCUAUGGCUGGUAGUUUAUACAAUGGGUAUGAAAAUUCUAGUACACCAUCAAAAGAAUACAAUGUUGAGUAUGACAUUCAAUCAGCGCAGACAAUGUUCUCAUCGGAUUGGAUACAUUUUAGUUUAGCACCAUUGGAUUGUACUAAUUUCAUGCAAUUCUAUGGAUUGUUAUGGCAAAAAUUUUUAUCGUAUCGAAAUACAUCUCGUAUAGUUGAUAUGAUAAUUGAGAGUUAUACAAUUUGGUAUAAUGAUGGUGGAAAAAAAAUCAGUUCCACCUUACCGUAUACUCCUCAGUGGGGUACACCGGAAAUGCACGAUGUUUUAGCUGUCUAUUUAUCUGGUAUUUACCCAUCUAUGAGUCCAACAAUAUCCAAGCUGCUACCAUUAUUCGUUACAAACGAUGGUUAUACACGAGAAAAUCAAACAAUUAGUAAACAAAUCAAUUCAUGUUUGAAAUACGAAAAAUCUGAUCCAUAUGUAGCAACAACUCAAAUUGGUUACGAUGUCUUAGGAUCGAUUGCUCAGAAAGAUUUACGAACGAAGGACGGUUGCCAUCGUUUCUCUGUAUGUGCACAAUCAUUAGUUGUUUUAUCUAUCAUUAUGUCGCUGUAUGCCUAUUAUUAUCAAUAA